UAUUUUAUGUUGUAAAGGGCAAAAACCGUAGAUUUCACGUCUUGUCAGGUUCCACUUUAACAUAAAAAGUGAUUUAAUUGUGGGAAGGUGAAAUGUGAUAGCUUUCCUUUCCCCGUCCGCAUUUCUUGCAAGAACAGAGACUUCACCAGGCAAAGUUGAUUCAUUUCUUAAAAAAUCAAUCUUCUUCUGGGUUUUCUUCGAUAUUAACGACGACCCAUUUCCCUGAAUCUUCAUCUUGUUUUGGGAUUUGGGCGGUUAGAGGAUUUUUCUGGGCGUGCGGUGGAGGCAUGGGGAGGCUGUUUGUGGUGAGUCUAGAGGGGAAGAUCUACAGCUGCAAGCACUGCCGCACCCAUCUUGCUCUUUGUGAUGACGUAGUUUCCAAGUCUUUUUACUGCAGGCAUGGGAAGGCUUAUCUCUUCAGUAAGGUAGUGAAUGUAUAUUCCGGGGAGUGUGAAGAUAGAGCAAUGAUGACCGGACUGCACACAGUUGCUGACAUUUUCUGCGUUGGGUGUGGAUCGAUAGUGGGGUGGAAAUAUGAGACUGCCCACGAAAAGGGCCAGAAGUACAAGGAAGGAAAAUCCGUACUCGAGAGGAUUAAGGUGUCGGGUCCGGAAGGAAGAACUUUUUGGGCCAGUCAUGAAGCGCAAGUCGGUAGCAGCGAUGCAGACGAAGGUUGAUCGGUUCCCCGUUCGUACUCAAUUGUACAUUCUUCAAAUCUCAUUGUUCUUCUUCCACUCAUGUGAAUUACUAAGCUCUUGAUUCCUCAAUUUAGGCAACUAUCUGCACUUGCCUGCAAUAACAAAAUUGUAAAACAUUCGAUUCUGUUCAAAUUUGAUCAUGUUGUAUGUAACCUCUCUUCAAAUGCAAUCUCUAGUUCAAUUAAAUUCCCACUUGCCUCA